AGGGAGUUAACACUGGGGAGGAUCAGCACUGAAGAAACAGAGGAUAAUAGGAUCAAAUAUUCAUCUGAGCAGCAGCAAAGCAAAGGCUGCAUAACCAGGUCUUCUCUGUAACUGUUGAACAAGCCUGAUCAUGUUAAGGGAGAGUUUGCCAACAUGUGCAGGUAGACGCUUCCUUCUUUCCUGACAGAGCCGUGUGUGCAUGUGUGGGGAUUCUACUAUCCUGUAUUUGCUCAGUAAGACAGAUGGCGGAAUGCUUUUAAGCUUCACCAGCACCUGAAGAUUUAUUGACGAACAAAGGAUACACCUUCAAGGACUUAUAAAGACAUUCAAGUUGAACAAAAACAGAUCUGACAACAUGCCGCUGAGAACGUCACUGUACAGGAAGCCGUCCUCUGGUCGUUGGACCAGCCGGAAGCGCAGGGAGGUGCUGUCGGUCAACAUGAUCAGCCUCCCGCUGGCUGAUUUCCGCCAUAUCUCACACAUCGGCAGUGAUGCCCAUACGGACAGCUUUGGAGACCUGUCCUUCUUGAAAAUGGGCCACAAUUUGCUGCUGCAAAGCUCCCAGAGUGAGCAGAACCUCUUCCUGGCCUGCUCUCCGCCACCCAAGCCCCCACGUCUGAACUUAGAUGAGGCGGAGGGGUCAGAGAGCCCUGACUGGAAUGCAGACCACCAGAACAUCACGCCUCAGAAGAGGAAGAAAUGCAGCUCCAUGCCGCUUCUGGACAGCGCGGAAGGAGACGAAGAGAUGGAAAAGGAGGAUGGGUACCAAAGAGGGAAUAAAGUUGCUUCCAGUCAGACUCAAAGGUCUGGAUGGGGCAGUCUGAGUUCAGACAAGGACGGGGACUCUACAGACACCUGUGACACAAGUGCUGGGCAGCAAAAGGAUGAGGACAGUGGCUUUUCUUUUAGCCUCGACCUGGGCCCCUCAAUCCUGGAUGACGUACUCCAGGUGAUGAACAAACACAACUAGACGAGAUAUUUGAUGAACAGGGAAGAGGAGCUUGAGAAAUCAUUUGGAAGUCAAAGUGAUUUUGUGGACAAACCUAAUAUCCCUUCAAUCUUGGAUGACGUCCUCUAGGUGAUGGACAAACUCUUGAGACACUUACCAGACUAAGGAGGAGGGCUUUGGAUAGAGUGUGGAAUACGUAGAAGAGAUACAAGUCAGUGAUGCUGUGGGCAACUUAAAAUCCUGAAAGACUGGUUAUUGUUCAGAUAAACUGAAGCUUUCUGACUUUGUGAUCCCUUUACUCCUUUUUAUUCAAUGGAGGAAAAUAACUACUUAAAAAAGACUGAUGAACUUCUUUUUCAGAGAAAAAAAACGUCAUUGUUUUUGGGCUUGUUUAAAAGUUAACCUGCAAUAAUAAAAGGAAGACAUUAAGGUCUCCUUCAAGGCAGCCUUUGCGGAGGUGAAUAUCAGGUUUGAGUUAAUCAUUGAACUCUGUCUAAUAUUAAACUCAAGUUGGACUUUU